GGUCCGAACCAAAAAAACGAGUGCACAGAGCUUGGAGGAUGUCAAACAUGUUUUGCUCCCCCUCAACACAUUAGAAGAUGCUUACCUUUCUGAAGAGGAUGAAGAAGCACUAACUUCUUGCAUGAAACUGUCAAAGCCUCAAGACAAGAAGACCUGGAAAGAGAACAUGAGGAGAAAAGAAGAGACUGAGACUAGGACAGAUUUUAUUUCUGCAUCUCUGGGCCGCACGUACACUUCCAGAUUUAAUAAUUUAGGAACUAUUUCAAUCCAUUCAGAAACUGAAUUUCACUUGUGGAGUGACUGGAAGCCAUUUCCUGACAACCAGCUCUGUCCUUGUGACUUCUUCAUUUCAAAAAUAGAAGAAUGGGAAAACUGUACUUGCUCUGCUCAUCAGCCACAUCUUACAUAUUCCCUAACUGAUAUGGAUCUACAGUACUCCUGGCGCACAAGCAGCUUUGGAAGCUUUGAUCGUUUCAGGCAUCACUCAGUAUCAAAGGCAGAUGAUUCAGCUGAGAUACCUGAAUUGGAGACUAUAAGUGACGUUGGAGAUGUAGUCCAAACUAAAGCAGCAAAUAAUGGAGGAGGUUUGGGGAAGAAGAUGAGAGCCAUUUCCCUUACCAUGAAGAAGAAGAUGGGUAGAAAGUACACCAAGGCACUCUCUGAGGAGAUGAAUGAAGAAGGAAAAGAUGACAGUGAUCCUGGUGGUGGAAUACACACUGAGAAGGCCUCCCUAAAAGCCAGUGACUCUAUGGAAAGUCUCUAUAGCCUGAACAGUGGCCAGAGCUCCUCUAGUGGGGUGACCAGCUGUUCAGAUGGAACAAGCAACAGGGACAGCCUCCGUUUGGAUGAUGAAGUUCCCUACAGUGGGCCCUUCUGUGGUCGAGCCAAAGUGCACACUGACUUCACACCGAGUCCUUAUGACACUGACUCUCUGAAAAUUAAGAAAGGAGACAUCAUAGAUAUCAUCUGUAAAACUCCCAUGGGCAUAUGGACAGGCAUGCUGAACAACAAAGUAGGAAACUUCAAGUUCAUUUAUGUGGAUAUUAUCUUGGAAGAGGAAGCUGCACCCAGAAAGAUAAAGCUGCCCAGAGGAAGCAAAAGGACCAAGCCUAAAACAUUGCAAGAGCUCCUGGAUUGUGUCCACCUGCAGGAAUAUGCCUCAACCCUUUUGCUAAAUGGCUAUGAAACUUUAGAGGACCUAAAGGAUCUACAGGAAAGCCACCUGAUUGAAUUAAAUAUUUCAAACCCAGAAGACAGGACAAGAUUGUUAUCAGCAAUUGAAAAUCUACAGGACUAUGACAUUGAACAACAGCAGAAAAGUGAGGGUGGUCAGGAGACACAGAGCUUAAGCCCUCACCCCAGCUUUGACAAAUCACAGUUAAAUGACUGCCCGAGAGAUUCUGGCUGUUACAUCUCAUCAGAAAAUUCAGAUAAUGGUAAAGAAGAAGUAGACUCAGAAACCCUGUCUGACAUGGUGCAGUCAAUAGCAAUCACUGAGUCAAACUGAUCCAGUCCUGUUGCUUUUCUGAAGUUUUUCAGAAAAGACAAUCAAAUUUGCCAGUGUGAUGGCACAGAAGCAGAACACAAAAUAUUCUCAACACCAAAAAUCUACUUCUGUCUGCUGUAUGAUGUUCUGGACUGUUUAAUACAUGGACACUUGAUAACUAAAUGUUAGCUGAUAAUAUGAAUAUCUCAUGCUUUUGUUUCCUAUGAAUCCACAGACAUUUCACUUAAAAAGUUUAU